CUUACUAUUGAAGAUGGGAUCUUUGAGGUUAAAUCCACAGCCGGAGACACCCACUUAGGUGGAGAAGACUUCGACAACAGGAUGGUCAACCAUUUUAUUGCAGAGUUCAAGCGCAAACAUAAGAAGGACAUCAGUGAAAACAAGAGGGCAGUUCGUCGUCUCCGUACUGCUUGUGAACGUGCUAAGCGUACACUUUCUUCCAGCACGCAGGCCAGUAUUGAGAUUGAUUCUCUAUACGAAGGAAUCGACUUCUAUACCUCUAUUACUCGUGCCCGGUUUGAAGAAUUAAAUGCUGAUCUGUUCCGUGGCACCCUGGACCCUGUAGAGAAAGCCCUUCGGGAUGCCAAACUAGACAAGUCUCAGAUCCACGAUAUUGUCCUGGUGGGUGGUUCUACCCGUAUCCCCAAGAUUCAGAAACUUCUACAAGAUUUCUUCAACGGGAAAGAACUGAAUAAGAGCAUCAAUCCUGAUGAGGCUGUUGCUUACGGUGCAGCUGUCCAGGCAGCCAUCCUUUCUGGAGACAAAUCUGAAAAUGUUCAAGAUUUGCUGCUGUUGGAUGUCACUCCACUUUCUCUUGGCAUUGAAACU